AUGGAGGACCACAAGAACGACGAAGGAGGCGGCGGCGUGCUGCGAUCGGUGCUUGAAACGGGCGAGCUGGAAACAAUCGCCGAUGGUCUACGGAAAAAGAUCGAACAUUUCUAUCAGCAAAAGUUUGAAGAAUUCCUUACCGCCCAAGCCUUGAGCGAAACCCGAAAGUUCGAGCUCGAAAAUCUGAGAUCAAAAUACGAACAGCAGUUGGAGGAGCUGACACUGAGGGCGCAAGAUGAGGCAUCCAAAUUUCACUCUGCCCAGCAGGGCAACAAGCAGCUGCAAAUGGAACUGGAGGACGUGAAGGAAGAGCUCCAAAAGGCGAAGGUGAGACUAGCACAAAACGACGCCGACACGGGCCGGUUUCGGAACGAGCGCAAUGAAGCAGUGAACGAGCGCGACACACUGCUGAGUGCGGUUCAGCGCAAGUCUCUCGAGGUCGAUCGACUGCAAGCGGACGUCCUGUCCCUCGAACAGAAACUCAAAUCGGCCAACGCAUCCCGGUGCAGUGCGCAGGCCAAGUUGGAAGAAAUCGAGAGCAAAGAGUAUGCGCUCGAUUUGAAAGAAAAGCGAAUGGACCGUGAGCUGACGCACCGCGACAAUCAGAUCGCCAAGCUAACGCAAGAUCACGACCGGGCCCAGCACGAACUGCAGAUGCUGCGGCGUGAUCAAAACAUUCGCUCCCUAACGGUGGACACGAAACUGUCGGAAAAGACUGAGGAACUCAAGCUCGCCAACCAAACGAUCGCCCACCUGUCCGAGCGGAGCGCGGAACUGUCGACGAAGGUUGACGAACUGGCGCUGAAGCUGAAAAAACAAACCGAAGAGGCGUCCGCCAUGAUGGAUCACUAUCGAAAGCAGCUUGAAUCGCAGAACCGGCUGUGCGAGUUGUUGCAGCAAAAUUCGACUGAUCAAACGCAGCAGACGAAGGAGCUAGAGAACGCGGUCACCGAGCUACGCCGUAUGCUGGAAGAAGCCUCCGAAUCGUGCGGAGCGCUUGAGACGGAGAAGAAGCAACUCGAGCUGAAGCACGCGGAUGAGCUCGCGGAAAAGGAGCGAACCAUCGGAGAGCUACAGGAAGAGCUGAAGCGUGCCAACGAGCUGCUGGCGGCGGUGCGCCGGGAAAACACCGAGCAAGCGAUCGAAAGGCUAGCCCCGUCGGCAGCGGCCACUAGCCGUAUGAUACAGUCGGGUAUGUCGCUGACGGAAGUGUACACACUGUACGUGCGCACGGCCGAAUCGCACAAGAUCGCCGAAAAGGAAAACGAAAAGCUGAAACUGCAGCUGCGCAGCAUCAUGAGCGAGCUGGAGGAAAGUGCGCCCAAGAUCGCACGCCAGGAAACGGAGUACCAGAUCAUGAAGGACUCAAACCAAGAGCUCACGAUGGAGCUGCAGAGAAUGAUCCGAGAGAAUGCGGAGCACAAAUCGGAAAAGGCGGCGCUGCAUGAUAAGCUGCGGACCAUCGAUGGUCUGAACCGGACGCUGCAACAGGAGCGGGUCGAUCUGAGCCGCCAGAUAGUGCACCUGUUGGACGCGAUGCAACGGAUGCACGUGUCGGGUAGUGGGCACUUCUCGCAGACGGACCAGAGUCUCGCGGGGCACGUCGAUGCGAACGAGUUAAUCACGCGCAAGCUGAUAACAUUCAACGAGAUCGAGGAGCUGCAGUCGAACAAUAUCAAACUGUUGAUGAUGGUGCGCGAUCUGAGCAGCAAGUUGGAAACGAUCGAGCAGAUUCCGGACACGGUCGAACUGGAGGCGGCACUGAAGGCGCGCGAGGAGCGCAUUGGCGAGCAGCAGAAGCAAAUCGGGGAGCUCGAGCGAAUGUUGCAGGUGUGCAAGGCACAGCGCGACCGAUACCAGAAGCGCUUCCGGUACAGUGCUCCCACGGCUCACCAUCACCACCACACUGCGAGCAUGGCGAACGGUGACGAAUCGUUGGACGAUCCCGCGGCACCAAUGGACAGUCAAAGUGCCGCGGCGGCGGCGGCCGCAAGCACGGCAGCGAAUGCGGCCAUGGCUGCCAAAGUGUCUGAGCUGGAAGAGAAGCUCCAAGAGCGCCAUAAGGAGCUGGUUGCCCUCAAAGACGAGUACGACACGUAUCGGCGAGAAAAACACACCAACGAUAAGAUGAUGAACGAGCACUUUGACAAGAUGCGCACCGAGAUCCAGGAACUGUCGUCGGAGAACGUUAAACUGGUGGGCUCGAUCGAGUUCAAUGCCGAGCAGAAUCGCAUCAUGAUGCGAAACGCCGCCACGCACAAGAAACAGAUCGCCACGCUGGAGGAGCGCGCCAGGAACUACGAAGCGACGAUCGCCAAGCACGAAGCCACGAUCAUGUACCUCAAGGACGAAGCGAUGAGCGCCCAGUCGAAGCUGGCCCGGGCCGAAGUGCAACUCGAGAACCUGAAAGCGGAGUGCCGCAUUCUCAAGGACAACGAAACGCGGCUCCAAACAGAGCGCCAAAUUUGGAACCGGGACAAGCAAAAUCAGAACAUAUUGCUCAACAACCUCGAGAUGAUCAAGGUAUCCAUGGAGCGGUCGGAGAACGAAGGCCGCCUGCGGCUCGAGACGCGACUGGACGAAACGUCGCGCGAGUGUUCGGCCUUGCGGCGACGGCUGCAGGAAGAGCAGGACCGGUUCCGCGAGCAGACGGCGCUUCUGCAGCGCCAAACCGAUUCGGCACGCCGGCGAAUGGAGGAGGAGGUGGCCGUCGCCGAAACGGUGCAGGUGGAGCUGAAAAAUGCACGCGACGAGCUCGAAAUUAAGGGUCGCAAAAUUGAUGAGCUCCAUCGCAAGCUCCAGGAAACGAUGCUACCGAACGACGACGACAAUCCGGUGACGCAGGCCAACAAAAGGGUGCGCGAACUGGAGCAGCAGCUCGAGAGUAAACGUAUCGAGCUCGAGGCACUGCAGACCGAAGUGGCAACGGCAAAGGGUCACGUUCAACAGUACGCCGAACUGGCCGAGGCAUCCGAAAAGGAGCUGAAGGAGUUGAACGAGCUUUACACCAAGCUUCGCGAGACGAGCGAGUCGGACCUGGCCACCCUCCGCAAGGCGGAAGCGGAACUGAGCGCGCAGGUCUGUGAGCUGAAGACGCAGCUGUCGCUUAAAAUCACCGGCGCACAGUUGAGUGCCGCUGACGGUGGUGACCGCGAGUCGGAACUGCACAAGGCGCAGCUGGAGUUGCGCGGAGCGCUCGAGAAGCUGGAUGAGCAAAACCGGGAGCUGCGCGAGACGCGCAUCAAACACAACGCACUCCACGAGCAGCUUCAGCAGGCGGAACAGAAGUACUCCAACGAGAUGGUGCAGCACUCGAGCGACAUCCAGCAGCUGACGGCGCUGAAGGACGAAAUGCAGCGUCAGACAGCACAGUUCGAAGAGCUGCGGGAAGCGCGUGAUCGGGCAACGGAUCGCCUGAAGGCGGGCGAAGAGUCUUGGGCGAACCAGGAGCAGAGACUUCGGGCGGACAUUACCCAGCUAGAGGAACGGGUGAACGAUCUGAACGCCCAAAAUGGGGCACUGCACGACCAGCUGCAGGGCCUCAGUAUGCGGCUUUCGGUCUGCGCUGCCGGGCUGAACGAGAGUACGGCUGUAGUGACCGCAAAGGUGGCCAACAGCGAAACCGAUGCGGCAGAGGCGGCCGAGGAGUCGAUGACGGUCGCCGAUUCUUCGUUGCUGAACCGCUCGGUUCAGGAGGACGAAAAGGUGUCCGUCGAGCAGCUGCUGCAGAUCAUCAAGUAUCUGCGCAAGGAGAAGGACAUCGCGAUGGCCCGUUUCGAUCUGUUGCGCUCGGAGAACGUGCGCGUUCAGACGGAGCUAAUGUCGCUGCAGAAGAAGCUCGAUGAGGCGCAGAGCGAGCUGGCAGCGGACCGUGAACGGCACGAUGCUGGCGUAGUGACGGCCGCCAAACACGAAGAGAUCCUCCGCAAGCUGGAUACGUACAACGCCAUAACCGACAGCAAUCGGGUGCUGCGCGAAGAGCGAGACGGGCUCGCGGUGAAGGUGCGCGAACUGUCACAGCGUCUGCUGGUGGCCGAAGAUGAGCUGUUCCCGCUGCAGGAGAAGGUGCGUGAGCUGACCGUGAAGAUCGAAUCGGCGACAACCGAAAGCACGACCCUGCGCACGGAAGCGGCCCGCUGGCGGCAACGUGCCAGCCUUCUGAUUGAGCGCUCGAACAAAACGAACCCGGACGACUGGAAGCGACUCCAGUCGGAGCGUGAGAAUCUGGCCAAAAUGCUCACCAACGAGAAGGAGUUGUUGAAGCGGGCAAACGACGAGCUGGGCACGCUUCGGUUGGAGCGAACGCGCCUCGAAACCGAGCUUGCCACCGUGGCUCGCAAGUUAUCGAGCGCCGCAGAAGAGACCCGUUCGCUGCUGGCGGAGCGCGAUACGCUCCAGCAAUCGGAAGAACUGGCCGGUGUGCAACGGGAGCUGACGGCCAAGGAAGCGCAGCUAACGGAUGCGAAAAACAAAGAACAACAAAUCCGCAAGAUUGCGAAGCGCUACAAAGAGUCGUACAGCGAGCUGCUGAAGGAAAUGGGACCCGGUGGCCGGAAUGUGGUGGACGGUUCGUCGGCGGACGGUGCCGCAGCUGGUAACGAUGCGUCUGAGGGCAGUUCUGCGACGGCCACCGCGCAGCUUGACGAACUGCGCACGCAAAUGGCCACGGUGAGUGAAGAAAUGGAUUUGCUGCGGAAGGAGAACGAGCUGCUGCGGGCGAAAAUGGAGAAGGCUGAUCGUAGCCAGGACGUGUCCGGCGAGAAGCAACGCAUCGCGGCUCUGAUGGAACAGAAGGGAAAUCUUGUGCGCGAGUUGGCCACCGUUAAGACGCAGCUAGUGCAAGUACGCGAGGAACAAGAGCUUCUCAAGGCACAGUACGAAGCGCGGUUGGCGCGCUACGAGAAGGAGAGUGCCGAUGCGGAACGCGAAAGCAAAGAGACGAUCAGUCGGCUCGGGCGAGAGAACGAACAGCUUACCAAUCGGUUACACCAGCUAAUGGCACGCCAGGCCAAGCCCACAACCAGUGCCGGCGUUGGGGCUGCUACCUCGGAGAAGGUGGCGAGCGAAAGUCCCCGAACGGCCAACGUGAAGCCGAUGGCAGGUCCCAGCAGUCAGCAGUCGGCGACCGUUACACCGCGCCGUGUCAGUGAAACGCCACUGGCCAGCAUUCGCCCGAUGGCCGUCGGUAGCCGAACGGCGGCCGUUUUGCCUACGAGCCAAACGGCCAACAGCAACGUGGCCAUUGUGCAAGGAUCGUCCUCUUCUUCGUCGGUUGUCGCCCAGCCUUCUGCUGGCGUUUCGACGGCCGCCGCCCCGUCGUCGGCGGUGGUAGUAGCUGUGGCGAACGUCGUUGCCGGAGGGACAGCGGUCGGGUCCGGAUCCGGAUCCGGAUCGGUCGUCGGUGCGGGCAGCAGCACAACGAGCAGUGGUGUUGCCGGAAGUGGUCCGAUAGCAGCGGCGGCGGCAGGAUCGAGUGUUACAACGGCCCUAGUUCCGCCGCAGCAGCAGGUUCACACGACGGCCUCCAGUAGUAGCAGUAGCAGCAGUUUGAAUGAAACGAUUGCCUCCUCGUCGCCCACGAGCUCGCACACGGACUACAUGCCGGCCACGAGUUCGGCCAGCGUUGCGGUAGCCGCCGUUCCACCGAUGGGAUCGGCCACGACCUCCUCGAACGCUGCCGAGAGCUCAUCUUCUUCCACAUCGGUCAGCACCAUGCAGCUGGCGAUUGAGAGCGACAGCAUGCCGCAGCAGAUGAUGGCCGCCGGUAGCGACCAGGGCCAACAACAACCCCAGCACCAACCACAGGCGCAAGCCGCCGUUGCCAUGGUUUUACCGCACGUCGAAGUGAGCCAGCAGCAACAGCAGCAACAGUUGGCCACAUCACAACCUCAGUCUCAGCAACAGCAACAGCAACCAUCGACCGCACAGGUAUUUAUACUGCGAUUGAUCCAAACAUCUCAGCUGGCCAACCUCCAGAUCAGCCAGCAGCAAGCAUCUUCGAGUAGCACGGUUACCACGACGCAGGCCGGUCAUAAACGGCCCCGGGAUGUCGAGGGUGACAGUUCCACCGACACGGUCGGUCAGCCAGCGAGCGGCAAGCAGGUACCGGCGAAGAAACGGCUCCGCAUGCAGCAAGGCGCGACCGGUGAAGCAUUCCAGGGUGUGAGUGGUUCGAGGAAUGAGGUUGAGUAUCAGGUCCCAACAUCAUCGCAACGCGACCAAGAGGACGACACAGACGUCAUCGUCGUGGAUUCGGAGGGAGAGGUUGAGGACAAUGAAGCGGAUGACGUGGAAGAAGAAGAGGAAGACAUUGAAGAUGACGAGGACGAAGAUGACGUCGGAAUGGUGGACGAGGGAACGGCCGAGGCCGACGAUGGCCCACUGUUCGGCGAUGGUUACGAGGUGGGCGAAUCGUACGAAGCGCAGGAGGAACGCGGUGGUGUGCCAGGCGUAGGCAACUGCGACGAAGGCGAAGGGCCCAAUAUCGACGACGUUCAGUUGACGAACAACGAGGUCGAUGUAGACGACGAGUUGCGCAAUGGGUGUGGUUCCUCGUCGAGCACGUCGGCCACUGCGUCCACGUCGGCUGCAUCAUCGAGCGGUGGCAAGUCGCAAUCGUCCGUGCAGCCCCCGUCCAUACAGCCGCAAGUCAUGGAUACUACCAUGGCCGAAACCACCAGUAGCACCAGCGACGGUGUCGGGACGCUGGGAGCGCUUGUGGUGGGCCCGGUUAGUAGCGUUGGAGGUCCUGCCGGAUCCUCCACAUCGAUGGAAUCCUCCUCGUCCACGUCGGUGCUGGGGGAACACGCAAUCGAUGCACUGCAGCAACCGCAAACCCCCAGCACCACGACCAGUGGUUCUGCCGGGGAACCGUCCUCCCUUCCCUCGGUGGGCAGUGCGGGAACAACGGCACGGCAGGUGGUCAAUCCACUGUCACGUCAGCAGCAACAAGCGGCCCAUCUGAUGCUGAUCCAACAGCAGCAGCAGCAGCAACAGAACUACGACGAAAGUGCGGACGAUCGCAUUGUUCCGAGCACGCCAACGCUGUACGCAACGCGACGGACAGACGGGUUCAGUGAAGCCGUCAGUUCGCCCCAUCCGCAGGUGCCGAGUGCGCGGUUUACUUUCGCCGAAACAUCCUCCCGCCAGUCCACGGCCGGUGUCGUACCGUCGAGCGGUGGUGGCGCCGGUUCCGUCGGCCAACAGAUGCUUCCCGAAGGCAUCGACGAGACGCGCAUCGACCUGUCCCAACUCGACGACGCCGGAGGUCCGAGUGGCAGUGGCCGCAGUGUCCCGACCACACCGCAACACACGUCCCACAGUACCAGCAUGCUGAUGGAGCACGCGACACCCCUUUCCAGCGGAAGCCGCGGACCAGCCUGUAGCAGCAGCAGUGCUGCCGGUGGCAGCGGCGGCGGCGAAAGCCAAGUUCCGGAUCUGCAGAUAUCCGGCACGUCGUCGGGUGGUGCGAUUGAAGAGUCGACCAGCGGUGGCAAUGGGAGCGGCGGCGGUAGCAGUUCCACGGCCGGGCUUAUCAGCACGAGCGGAAACCUGGACACGACCAAGGAUGAACCGGUCCUGGAGUCGAGCACGUCGUCCGAGGCACAGGCCUCUUCGGCCACGUCGGACGUUGUCGAUCGUAGCGAGAAAGAGUUGCUCGAAGAGGAAGAGGAAGACGAUGACGACGAUGAGGUAAUGAUGGACGGUGGCUCAACCUCCAGCGGCACCCCCCAGCAACAGCAGCAGCACCGUCGUAUCGAGGACGACGUCGAUAUGGACAGCCUACAGCAGCAGCCCGGCCGUUCCAGCGGCAGCGGCAAACAUUCCGCACCCGAGUCGGUUACUGCUACCGGAACGACGGCCGCGGUGGCGGUACCCGGAACGAGCGGCACCUCAUCCCCAGCCGUUGCCGGAAUGUCGACUCCAUCGAGAACCAGCAGCGAGGCCGACGAUGGCGUAACGUCGGAGGGAGAGAAACUUUCCACCAGCAUGAUGCAACCGAUGGACGAGAGCAGCGAAGCGGAUGUGCUCGAAACGCCCAGCAACAACACUCGCUCCCGUUCCGGUAUUCCGCGGCGGGCACCGGAAACACGCCGCGAGCGUCGCUUUAGCACCGGCAAGCGUGGCGGCAACCGAACGCCGAUCACCUGGAGCGAAGGCAGAGCAUUGAACCGAGGUGGACCACCGCCGGGUAUGGGUUCGCCACCGCACGGAGGCGGCCGCCAGCCUCACUUCCAGCCACCGCCACAAUUCAUUCAACAACAGAUGCACAUGCAACAUCUGCAACAGCAGCAACACCAGCUCCAAAUGCAGCAACAGCAAAUGCAACAGCAGCAGCAACAACAGCAGCAGCAGCAGUUGCAACAGCAACCAAAAGCUCCCCGGGGCCGUGGCUCCCGUCGCGGAAGAGGCCGACCCGGAGGUGGUUUUCGAUACAAGUAAGAAGGGGAGCGCCAAUUGUUGCUUCCAAAUCACACGCGAAACCUAUCGCGGCUUAGCUUUAGCCCAUAGACGGUAAGAAACACCCUAUUAUAAGCUAAGGCCCAGAAUCAACGUUCUUCGCGAAGAAUGCAGAGUUGGAGUUACACUGAGUUACUAACGGAACGGAAACAGGCGUGUUAGUACGCGGAGGCAAGAGAAAGUCAAAGAAAUAUCGUGAGAAAAAACCGGUUUAUUAUUAUCCCUUAUUGGCCACUUACUCAGAGCGAGUGCUGACGAGGCACGUGAAUCGAGACGAUAAGAACAAAGAUACUAGGAAUGCCCUUGAAUUAUACAGCACACUAUGUUGGUGUGCGAAACGAGAAGCGAAGCUAAUGCUCCACAUCAAUCUACGGUCUUUCGAAAGGAGUGAAACAAUAGAGACGAAUGCAUUGCUUUGCGUCCUGCGCAUUGUCUCACUUCGGAACAGGGCCGGCCACUCGGACUGCCAGGCCCAUCCAGAUCAGACUUAUUCGUAGUAUUAAGAACGCUGUGUUCG